AAAAAGCACUCGCCAAUUUCAGUUCGCUGUAAGCACUCCAAGUGCUAGAAAUGGCUUUUGUAGAAAUACUCCUCGUCCUGGCUAUCAUCGGCUUGCUAUUGCUCCAAUGGAGUACUAGCACCUUUAGGGCUUUCGAGAAGCGGAACAUAUACUUUGAGAAACCGUACCCGUUUGUAGGUAAUAUGGCUGCAUCGGCCAUGCAAAAGGCCUCAUUCCAAAAACAAACUUCAGAGUUCUAUAAUCGCACUAGGCAUCACAAACUAGUAGGGCUCUUUAACCUCCGCACCCCAAUGAUCCAGAUAAACGACCCCCAACUGAUUAGGGAGAUCUGCGUUAAGGCCUUUGACCACUUUCCCAACCACCAGCCACUAAAUAUCCCGAACGAACGUCUCGUUAGCCACAUGCUCAAUGUGAUGAGGGAUCAGCACUGGAAGAACAUGAGGAGCGUCCUGACCCCGGUCUUCACGGCGGCCAAGAUGCGAAAGAUGUUCACCCUGAUGAACGAGAGCUUCGCGGAGUGCUUGGAGCACCUGAGAUCCUCCCAGCCUAUUGCUUUAGGUGAAAAUGCUUUUGAGCUGGACAUGAAAGUGCUUUGCAACAAGCUCUCCAACGACGUGAUUGCCACCACGGCUUUCGGACUAAAGGUUAACUCAUUCGUUGACCCAGGGAAUGAGUUCCAUACGAUCGGGCGAACGCUGGUCUUCUCACGGGGCAUGCCGUUCCUUAAGUUCAUGGUGUGCCUACUUGCACCGAAUGUGUUCAAUUUCUUCAAACUGACUAUCUUCGACUCCGCCAAGGUGGAUUACUUUGUUCGCCUGGUGGUGGAUGCCAUGCAGUACCGGGAGAAGCACCACAUCACCAGGCCCGACAUGAUCCAGCUUCUGUUGGAGGCCAAGAAGGAGUCGGAGGACAACUGGACCGACGAUGAGAUCGUUGCCCAGUGCUUCAUUUUCUUCUUCGCCGCCUUCGAAAACAACUCCAAUCUGAUCUGCACCACCACGUACGAACUGCUUCACAAUCCCGAUAUCCAGGAGCGUUUAUAUGAAGAGGUGAAGGAAACCCAAGAGGCACUAAAGGGUGCACCUCUCAAUUACGACGCCGUGCAGAAGAUGACCUACAUGGACAUGGUCGUUUCGGAGUCGCUUCGCAAGUGGACUCUUUCCGCAGCAGCAGACCGCCUCUGCUCCAAGGAUUACACACUCACCGAUGAUGAAGGCACCAAACUCUUCGAGUUUAAGGCAGGGGAUAAUAUAAGCAUUCCCAUCUCUGGGUUGCACUGGGAUGAACGCUUCUUUCCGCAACCCAGGAGGUUUGAUCCAGAGCGAUUUAGCGGGAGGCGAAAAGGCGAUUUGAUACCCUACACUUAUUUGCCAUUUGGGGUCGGACCCCGCAGCUGCAUUGGAAAUCGCUAUGCUCUGAUGCAGGCCAAGGGCAUGCUGUACAAUCUCAUGCUAAAUUACAAGAUUGAGGCUUCACCAAAAACCACCAAGGAUCUAUGGGAAUCGGCACGCGGCUUCAAUAUAAUUCCCUCGACCGGAUUCUGGAUGCAGUUGGUGUUACGUGAAUAGGAUAUACCCUUUAAUCGGCACGUGGCGUCAACAUAAUUCCAACGACCGGAUUCUGGAUGCAGUUGGUGUUACGCAAAUAGGAUGUAAGUCGAAAGCUCAUCAAGUUAUACGAAAAAGCGAGAGAGAACGCUACAGACGGGUUCCUCGACUAUCAAAUACCCUUUAAUCGGCACGUGGCUUCAAUAUAAUUCCUACGAUCGGAUUCUGGAUGCAGUUGGUGUUACGUAAAUAGGAUGUAAAUAGGAUGUAAAUCGAAAGCUCCUCAUGUUAUACGAUAAAACGAGAGAGAACGCUACAGACGGGUUCCUCGACUAUCAGAUACCCUUUACCUAGCGAGAUUUCAGACUUCUUCUGAAUUUACAUUGCCAGGAUUUGUGGAAGUCCGGAUUACUGCUGCAGUAGGUUCCCCGAGAAUCGGUUAAUUAAAAGACGGAUCAAUUGUUAAGAAUAAAAUACACAGACAUAUAUUU